UGCUGUGCAUGGCCUGUCGGUGUCAACACUGUCCGCGGAGCCACAGACACUAAAACCCGGAUUUCACUUCAUCGGAGGGGUCCUGCUGCCGGUACUUCGGAUGUCCAAGUACAAACUGUUUCUGCUGAGGCAUGGAGAGGGGGCCUGGAACAAAGAGAACCGCUUCUGCAGCUGGGUGGACCAGAAGCUGAGCGAGGAUGGGGUGAAGGAGGCCCAGGACUGUGGCAGGCUCCUGAAGGAGCAGGGCUACAAGUUCGACUUGGUGUUCACCUCCAUACUGAGCCGCUCCAUCCACACCGCCUGGCUGGUGCUAGAGGCUAUGGGCCAGGAGUGGGUACCUGUCAUCAAGUCCUGGCGACUGAAUGAGCGACACUAUGGCUCCCUGAUUGGCUUGAACCGAGCAGAAAUGGCUUUAAAACACGGAGAGGAAAAGGUGAAGUUGUGGAGAAGGGGCUACAACAUCACACCGCCUUUGAUUGAGGAAUCCCAUCCUUACUUCCUGGAAAUCUACAAUGACCGCAGGUACACCACAUGUGACGUGCCGAAGGAGAGCCUUCCCCGAGCAGAGAGCCUGAAGGAGGUGUUGGACAGGCUGCUGCCCUACUGGGACAGCACUGUGGUGCCAGAGAUAAGGAGAGGCAGGACUGUGCUGGUUUCUGCCCAUGGAAACAGCUGCAGAGCCCUGCUGAAACAUCUGGAAGGAAUAUCAGAUGCGGACAUUGCUAGCGUCACUCUACCCACAGGGAUACCUGUGCUGCUGGAGCUGGAUGACAACCUCAGGCCUGUGAAACCACGACAGCUCUUAGGAGACCAGGCAAAGAUUCAGGCAGCCAUUAAAAAGGUGGAGGACCAGGGAAAAGCCAUACCAUCAACAUGAAUGCACUUAACUGGCUGUGAGACUGAGUAUCGCUCUGCAGGGUCUCUUUCAAAAAGUAGAUGAUACCAACAGCAUCAAUUUAUUGUUGGUACGAUUAAAAGAACAGAAGUAUGUUUUAAACCCCAUUAAGAACUGGUAUUCAUGUCUCAGGUGAUUAGGUCACAAGUGGACGCUUUAAGUACAGUAGUGUACACACCCCAGAUGGAAUGAGGACACAUUUGAUGUCCGAGGGGUAAUGGCUGUGGCCAGCAGUGUGAACGCAAAUGUCCUGGGCCACAUUCAUGAACAAGUUGAGGUCCUCUGACCUGCUACAGUAUCAUAAUGAAUCCAAAGUAUUUUAGUAUGAUUGUUUUCCAUAUAUUGAUUGACAAUGUUCCAUCUGUGUACUCGGAUUGGAUUUGAUAAUAAUUCGAUCUCUGUCAACAGAAAUAACAGAUGUGAAUAUUUUAAGCAUAUGGAGAAGUGGUAACUCGUACCUAGAACUAUCCAGUUGUGAUCGGAUCUGUUGAGACACGUGAAAAUACCAGGUCUGAACAGGGCCAUACUGUGAAGUUACUGUAUGUGAAAUAGUGUCCUGACCUGGAAACGGGAUGAGGGUGAUGCAGGUCAGGCUGGUUCUUCUGGCGCAGGAAGAAGUCCGGUGAUGUACUGUGAAUGUUUCAGCACUGUUAUGUGUAAGCACUGAGCAAGCGAUUGGUUCAAAUGUUAGUUUUAUGCUAACUGUCCCCAUGCGUUACUGUAUGGUGACCCUAAAGUUGUUAUUUAUUUACUCAUUGACUUUAUAGUAAUGUGGUGAAGUUUAAAAAUCUUGAAACAGAUCAUUUUCAGACAGAAGAAAAUAACGCUGCGUUGCUAAAUGAUGCUUUUCUACACUGAUAAACGUUGGGGUAAUAUUACUUUGCAUUUUAAACAUGUGCCUUUACUAUUAACUUACUGCUCAAAUUAAGUUAUUUUUUAAAAGCUCGAACUGGUGAUUUUAUUUACUCUUAGCAAACUUUACCUCAUAGAAACUGAAAGGCAAACUGGAGAUUGGGGUAACUGGGAGCCACAGAAUGCUGUGUAUUUAAAAAUGUCCUACUUAAAAUUGUAAGUAUGACAGCUGAAGUAGGGAAUCUAUUAGCUACUUUAAAUCUUGAAUUUAAAACAGUGGCUGACACAUGUGGUUAUGUGGAAUGAUAACUGCUUUGAGCUUUGCACUUCUUGGUCAUAUUUGAAGGAUUUUUGAUUUAUCCCAUUGUUACAUAAAAGCACUAUUCUGAUUUGAAUUUUAAAUCCUAAAUUAUUAUCAUACAUGUGCAAUUAUAUGAUGUUGAAAUGUGGGUGAAAAUGUUACAAACUCCUUUUGAGUCUGCACAUGUCUUACAGCAAUAUUAUGUUAUUGCGGUUUGUGGUACAGGCUACUGACCUGUAUGUUUCAUUGUGUUUAUUGUUUGUAAUUGCACUGUGUAUUAUUUGUGUCUCCUGUUGUUCGCUGUGUUUCUUUGCCACUGUUAAUGUGUACACUGGUUUGUUUGGUCAACAGAGGAAGAGGGAGAAGUUAAGAACAUAUAUGUCUGAUAGUAAAGGGUAGAAAAAAACUCAUAUAUUUGUAAUUUGAUGUAGGAUCCAUUUAAUACCUUCCCCUCUGUCUGCACCUUAUGUAUCAUGAAACCAUUAUGAUGGAAUAAAG